CCCCAUGACCAAAGAAAUCCGACGAUCCCACCACCCGGUUGGGGUCCGCAUUCAAGCCCUCGCCCUGAUGACCCACGGCGUCGAUAUCAGACUCGUGGAGCAAGUGACCGGGAUGCCUCGACAGACGAUCCAAUUCUGGGUUCGAAAGGCUCGAGAACGCGGAUAUAACCCGUAUGUGGAUUCGCGGAUUCGGAUUGAAUAUGUGGAAGAUGGGAAGCGUUCGGGGCGGCCCAGGACAUCUAGAUCUACGGGAUUGUCGGUUUUGGAGUUGGUUGAGCAGAAUCGUGCUCAGGGAGGGGUUUGAUGAUGUGGUGUAUAGGAAGCAAUCUUGGACAGGGCAUUAAAUAUGCGCAGAGAAAGGAUCGACUUGAUGAAUCCACAAGUCUGAGCAGAGAUAAUGCGAGGCAGGUCAACCCCCCUCUUGUUCCUACCGGCAGGAGAUAUAUACGACGGAAGGCGUUUUAGGAGUUGCUUUUAUGGGCGGAAAAUAGAUUGACAUGCGCUUUUCACUAGCGCUGUAUCUGUAUAGGAGAUUACCACUUUCUAUCUAUCAAUGGGGUUUCAAUAGUAGAUCUUCUCGAGCUGGGAUUCCCAAAUACACGACAGGGCAGAAGAGUCUG